AUGUUUAGGGCGGGGCUACUGGUUGACGCAUGCGAGUUCGUGUCACGUGUGGAAGCGUGUGGGAUGAGGAGGGUUCCGUGUCAAAUUGAAGGCUGCUCAUUCCUUUUUUGGACAAAGAGACACUGCAAAUACUUUGAGUCGAUACCACUCGGUAGGAAAAGCGUACUUUAUCGAUGUAAGACUCGUCGUUCAAAUGGUGAGCCGCUGGAACUGGUGUUUGGGCUGCAGCCUUGUCUAGCAGCACUGAGAGCGCAACGACGUGUUAUUCAAAAAGUCUACUUGAGGAACGACUAUGGCCAAAGACCGAGGUCUCAAUUGGACACAGUUGUUGAACUGGCUCAGGAAUAUAAUAUUCAACUGGAAGGAAUAAGCAUUGCACGUUUGAAUCAUAUUAGUAAGGAUCGACCUCAUCAAGGUGUAGUUCUUGUAACAAGUCGACUUGAGUUUGAAGAUCAAAAUGUCACAACAAGAGAAGAGCAUAGGUCGUUGCAAAUUGGUGAGAAUGGUGUACCAGCUUUGUGGGUAGUUUUGGAUGAAAUUCAGGAUCCCAUGAAUCUUGGUGCUAUAUUGAGAACUACUCAAUUUCUUGGAGUAGAGAGAGUUAUAGUAUCUAGAAAGAACUGUGCACCUUUGUCUCCCAUUGUGAGCAAAUCGAGUGCUGGUACCAUGGAAACAAAAGCUGUUUUUGCUGUUGGGAGUGUAGUCAAAUUUCUACAGGACUGUGCACUUUGUGGAUGGGAGGUCUUGGGCAGCUGUACCUCUGAAAACAAUUUACAGGGAGUAGAUGAAAGACUUGAUUCUGUUGAAGACAUUACUCUGCAUGGACCUAUCAUUUUAGUACUAGGUAAUGAAGGGAGAGGUCUUCGUCCAAGUGUAGUGAGAGUCUGUUCUCGGCUUGUGACUAUUUUGCCAUCCUCUUCAAGUCUUUCCACUUUAGGAUUGGAUUCACUCAAUGUCUCUGUUGCUGCAGGGAUACUGAUGUAUGUUCUCCAGCAAAAGUUGAAAUUUUGUAACAGCAUUUGACGUAGGAAAGGACAGCACGGAAUCUAGCUUCAUAGAUUAGGACGUGUAGCUUGGUUGACACUGACAAUGACUGAAUACGUUUACAAUAAUUAUUAAUGCAGAGUUUUUGGUGUAGCUGCUAAAUAAAGAAUUGUAAAUCUAGUCUUAUCAUACAAGAAUUGCGAUUAUGUAUAUUAAUUGCAAUAGUAUAAUUGCCGAGCGUAGUAUCAUUAGAG